UAUAUAUAUAUAUAUAUAUAUUCUAUAUAGAUCUAUAUUCUAUAAUAUUAUAGAGUUAGAGAGAGAGAGACAGAGAGAGAGUAUAUGAGGAAAUAGACUAUAAAUACAUAUUGCAAAAGUGAAUCUACUUCUUUUAAUACAAUCUAAAAAAAAUUAAGUAACACAGAUAUAAUUUAUUAGCAAUUACAUAGUGGUGUACAAUGACGGUGCUCACUGUCCAAUUGAGGAGAAAGCCCAAAAACUGCGUUCAAUAUAGGAGCAUGAAGUGACCCACUUUAUUUUAAAAUAAAAUCUUGACUAUGAGUGGUAAUACAAAGGAAUACAGCUAUUUUUAUAGUCCUUUAGUUGCAGAAUAAGAAUCUGCUUUCAGUUUUUUUGUAAGUUAAACCGUCACCAAAUAAAAAAAUAAAAUAAAAAUUUGACCUAGUUCCCGUAAGUCGGUGUUCAGGUAUAAGAAUCUACUAUAGAUCUAGAAUCAAAAGCUAGAGACACACAUUCACAUACUGACUCUAUUUAACUAUUAGGCAACAUUAUGAUCAUAUUAUCAUAGACAUAGAUCUAGACAUAGAAAGAUAGAAUCUAGAUGUAUCUAGUAGCUAGAAUCAACUGAACUUAUCAAGAUCUAUAGUAGAUCUAGAAUAGAAUAUAGAAUUUUUAUAGAUCUAUCAUCUCUAGAUCUAUUCUUAUAUUAGGCACACCGUAUUCGGGAACUAGGUCAUAUUUUUAUUUUAUUUUUUUAUUUGGUGACGGUUUAACUUACAAAAAAACUGAAAGCAGAUUCUUAUUCUGCAACUAAAGGACUAUAAAAAUAGCUGUGUUUCUUUGAAUUACCACUCAUAGUCAAGAUUUUAUUUUAAAAUAAAUCAGGUCACUUCAUGCUCCUAUAAUAAACGCAGUUUUUGUGCUUUCUCCUUUAGCGCACAUUGAGCACCGUUAAGAAACACCACUAUGUUAUUGCUAAUAAAUUAUAGCUGUGUUAAUGAAAAAUUAUUUAGAUUGUAUUAAAAGAAGUAGAUUCACUUCUGCAAUAUGUAUUUAUAGUAUAUUGCCUCUCUCUCUCUCUCUCUCUCUCUAUAUAUAUAUAUAUAUAUCGUUUAUAGUUUAUUUAUUUAUAUAUGCCUACCUAUAUAAUCUAUACAAUGUGUAGAAACAGACAGAAAUAAAUCUAUAUAAAUUAUAGAUCUAUAAAUUGAUUAUUAUAAUUUAAUAAACAUGAUAUUUUCAACUAGGCUACAUGUAUUCUCUGUCUUUUUCUUUUAAUUCCUAUCCAAGGACCCUCUUCUUUUCAUAAUUUGGAUGUUCGUUUUGUUACACCUUAACAUCCCCUCCCUCCCAUAGAUGCUUAUAAUUCUUUUCAUGACUCUCUCCCCCUUCCCUCCACUGCCUGUAUGAUAGGUUGUGACACUACACGCUUAGUGUAUACCUCUCCUCGCCACCAGCGCCCGCCUGGCGUGAUCACCUGGGCAUGGUCUCUGGCUUCAAAUUAGCAGCCCGCACUUUUUCUUUCAUUCAUAAAUUAUAUAUUCUAGAAAUCUCGAUCUAGGUCACUUUUAUUCAUUGAAAAAAUCAUAGGAUUUAUUAAUCCCAAUAAUAUUUCUUAUUACGAUUUUGCCUUGUGCACUAUAGGAGAAUGUGUCAAAUUUCAUUAUUAUCAUUGAAACACCUCCUUUUUAAUUUUAUUUAACAGCUAACAGUAUGAAUGUGAUUGGAAUGUCUUUCUAAAGAUGUUUGGAAGCUUAUUUUGAUAUAUCCACCAGCCUACGAUCAAACAGGCUAAUAAUAUAGCCUUCAUCCCUUAUAUGGGUAUGAAUUGCCAGGGGAGGUUAAAACAAUAGCUUUACAUACUUGGUUACAGAGAAUCUAAAAAACUGCCAUCUGCUUUGGAAAAGCGGAACAAAAAUACAGGAACUUAUCUAAAAUUGGACAUGCACUGUCCCGAAACGUCGUUUUUAGCUCCAAACAUAAAAACAAAUUAAUUAUAAACAAAAAAAAGCGAUGUGUUUCUUAAAGGAGCAUUCGAUGAGCUGUGCCUAAUAUAAGAAGCUACUAGUACUUACUAGUAGUACUAUAAAUAACUAGGCCAACAUUUACAUACAUUGUAUUUGCAUUUUUAAUAAUUAUUUUUAAUACUUACUAGAUCUAAUACUCUCUACUCUAGAUCUAUACUUAUACUCUUUGAUGUAAUCUACAUUCUAUAGGGUGACUAAAAAGAAUGUGUCACAACCAUUAUCCAUUGAGCUAUAAAUAAUACAAUAGAAAUUAAUUAUUAAAAAAAUAAUAAUUUGAUACCUAGUUGGAAACAAGUGUAUAAAUUCAAGUUUUUAUUUCAUGCUUUAGAAAUGCUUAAUGUGACCUCCACCAGUGCCAUGGACAACAUCAAGCUGAUUUGAAAAUUCAUUCCAACUGUCCUUCAGGAUGUCCUUGUCCAUUGUGUUGAAUGCAGCUAGCUGUUAAUCAAUCUUUCAUAUCAUUGAUAUUUACUUUGUCUUAAACAUACCUCCACAGGAAAAAGUCACACACAGUGAGGUCGGGGGGACCUGAUAGGCCAAGUUCAGAGAGCUAUCUAUAGAUCUACUCAUAGAUGUAGAAACUAAGAAAGUAAUCAGUUGUGCUGUCAUUACAAAUCAGGACUAGUUAAUCAAGAUCCAACAAUUGCAAUUGUAGCUUAGCAGCAAUGUCUUCAGACGAUGAUAUAAGUGUUGAGCCUAGUGCUGCCAGAUUAGCCAAGUACAGAAAGAACACAAGAAAAAGUGUGGCAGUGUUUUUUGGUGUGGAUGAAGAAAAUAAAAAUGCUCAAAAAUGGGAAAAGCGUCGUAUGAGAAUGGCUAGCUCUAUGGGAAAAGGAAUAAAAGAAGAAUUCAUAGAUGAAGAGGAGAUGGAAGGUCCAAUGAUGGGUUAUGUACCUCCAGUGGAUGUCAGAAAGAAAUCUGUUGUAGCCAUGACCUAUCAUGGGCUAAAGCCAAAAAGUGCCCUGGUCAAACAAGAAAUAGAACGAAGAAAGUCAAUGAAAAUACCAGGUCAAAACUUUAGAAGAGUGAGCAUUUCAGCAAAGAUUCCAACAGACAAAAUGGAAGAGAAACCAGGUAUUCAGUUCCAGCCUCACAAAGAUGCAUUCUUUGAUGAAAGUAUACCUAGGCAAAGGCUUAAGCCUACCAAACAGAUUGAAGAUUCUGAAGAUAAAGUAGCUAUUGAAUCUAGUUCAAGUAAAAUGGAGGCAGUUGAGGCAGAGAGAGUCCCAAGUCCUUCAAUAAAAGAAUCAUAUCUGAUUGAACAUAAACAAGUUGGAUUCCAGAAGAUUAAUGAAACCGUGAUUAGUAAGAAAGAUAAACGGCAGUUGGGAAUGGGUACCAUGGGCUCAUUUACCAGACGUCGACUUAAAAGUACUGUUAUGGCCAGUAAAGAAAUUAAAAAACAGCUUGAUGACUUUGAAGACUACAGACCAUACUUUUCAUACUGGGUAACAACUGUACAGGUGUUGAUAUUUAUUAUUGCCAUAUCUGUGUAUGGAAUAGCACCUAUCGGAGUUGGGAAAGCAACAGUAGUUGGCAAUGUGCCAAUGCCGAGCCUAGCCAUCCAGACGGAAAGUGAAUUAGAGAAAAGAAACAUGUGGAUAGGACCCAGACAGGCUGAUCUGAUUCAUCUUGGUGCCAAGUACUCUCCUUGCAUGCGUCCUGAUGAAAACUUGAUAACGGCUAUUGAGCUGGAUAUUACUGAGGAGAGAUCGUCUGCCUGUUGUAUAAGGAAUGAUGGUUCUGGUUGUGUGCAGACAGUCAAGUCAGGGUGCAGUUAUACUUUGUCAUCAUGGUACAAGUGGAACUUAAUGGAUGGCACUGAAUUUGCAGCCAUGAAAACUGGUUCAGUUUGUGGCCAAGACCCUAAAUUCUGUAAUGUUCCGUCAUCCACUCCACCUUUUGAAUGGGGAGAUGACAUCACCAAGUGGCCUAUAUGUCGCGAAACAGUCAAGCCAAACAGGUCUCUUGCAAGCCCUAUAGACAGGCACAUGAACUGUGAGAUUUUAGGACGGCCAUGUUGUUUUGGUAUCCAGGGUCAGUGUAUCAUCACAACUAGGGACCACUGUGACCUGAAGAGAGGCUUUUUUCACAGUGAAGCAACCCUGUGUGCUCAGGUUCGCUGCUUUGAAGAAAUCUGUGGCAUGAUACCUUUUGCUAGACCACAUUUCCCAGACCAGUUUUACAGACUAUUUACUGCCUUAUUUCUUCAUGGAGGUGUUUUACAUGUGGUGAUCACAGUUAUAUUUCAAAUGUGGGUACUGAGAGAUCUGGAGAAGUUAAUGGGAUGUGUGCGCAUAUCAAUUAUCUAUAUUGGCUCUGGUGUGGCAGGAUACCUGGCCAGUUGUAUCUUCAUCCCAUACUCGGUUGAGGUUGGACCCUCUGGUUCUCAGUUUGGAGUAGCUGCUUGCUUGAUUGUGGAGGUUCUACAGAGCUACCAAAUGUACAAGCACCCAUUCUACGCCCUUUUAAAAGUCAGCACACCUCUCAUUUUUCUCUUCCUCCUUGGUUUGCUCCCUUGGUUUGACAAUUGGGCCCACAUCUUUGGAUUUUUCUUUGGCUUCCUCCUGGCCUUCUCCCUGAUGCCCUACAUUACUUUUGGCACCUUUGACAAGCAUAGAAAGUUGGUAGGCAUAGCUUUGUGUCUUGGCAGUGCUAUUGGGCUCUUUGCUAUUUUGGUUUUGGUCUUCUACGUGGCCCCCUUAACAGAGUGCUCUUGGUGCAUCUAUUUAAACUGUAUUCCCUUCACGCCUGACUUCUGUGAGAACAUGAUGGUAAAGAUCAAGAAAAAUGCUACAUACUCCAUGUAUCAAUGAGCAGAAUGGAGCUGGACAUUCUAGCAAACUUUGCAAUUCAAUUUGAGAAAAGUUCAUUAAAUUAAAUUUAGAAAAUGACACAUUUUAAGAAGCCUGGUUCAUUGAUAGUCCUUCAUUGUUAGGAAGACUGAUGGUGGUCUAGUGAAGUUUUUUACAAUGCUUAGAAGUACACAGAAAGCUUAUUCAAAGUUCACUUAUUGCUGUAAUUAAUAAUUAGCAGGUGUGAAGAAACUUUGCAAAAUGACCAUCCAUCUUAACGUUCACUAAUAUACCUGUAUACAGUGUACACUAAAGAGCUAACGACAUCGUAAGUUUACAAAUAAAGAUCAGUUCAACAGUAUUGAAUUUCUUUGCCACCAGCUUUGAUGUGUAUUGAUAAGAAGGGGAGGGGGAAUAAUUCUUCUAACAUUUCCUGUUUAUGUAGGAGUUCUAAUUGCACUCAGGAAGUUGAAGAAGAAGACAUGUUACUCUCCCUAGCAUGUGUUACUCAUGAAAUUCUCUCUCAAGAAGUGUUUGAUUGUAACUAGUAAAGUAAAAAACUUGGCUUACAAAACAGGAAAUACUACAUACAUCUCCUAGGAGCCCCUCAUCUGCUGAGGAUAGUUAAUCCCACUACUGUUUGGUGUAUAGAGCAAACCCCAACUCCUAGGGGAUUAAAAAACCCUGUCAAGUUAAAGCUUUAAAAAAAAUCUUUAAACAUGUUGCAGAUUACUUUGGUCUAUAAUUUUUCUUUUUUUUUUUUUUUUAAAGAUCAUUUAAUGAUCUUCUUGUUCAAAGAAAAAAAUACAAUGAAAUGAUUAUUUGAGCAUUCAGUUAUUGACAUGUUUUUGUAGAUUUGAAAUGUUCAUUGACUAUAAGCCAUCCUAAACAAUGUAUUUUUCAUUUGGCACUAGCUGUUUCUCAUGUUUCAUUUCUUGCUGUUUAUCUGAUAUCUAGUACAUUGGAACCUGUUUCAUUUGUGAGCUUCGGUACUAGUAUUGUUCCUAACAAGAACCUGGACAAUACUGAUAUGGGGAUGCUUUAUAGGUUUUCAAAUUUAAGGAAGCCAAUUAAGCACAGUUCACUGUAACAUGACGUAAUGUUCACAAGCAGUGAUCAACUGUGGUAGGAAUUAUGAAUUUCUUUUGUUGACUUUGUUAGUGUUACAUUUGUCUGACAUAUGCAAUAAACUAUUUUUGAAAAA